CACCACCACCCCACCCCGACUCCAACCCCGCAGCCAGCGCACCCCGGACGCCUCGUUUCCAUCGCCACGCCCCUCCUCCCGCCGCCGUCUCAGCCAUGCAGAGCCUCCUCCUCCCCACCGCCGCGGCCUCCGUGGCGCCGGCGGCCCCUCGCGGGCGGCGGCCGGGCCGCAUCUCCGUGCGCGCUUCCGCCACCGCGGCGGCGGCGGCGGCUGCGCCACGGCGGGAGACGGAUCCGAAGAAGCGGGUGGUGAUCACGGGGAUGGGGCUGGUCUCCGUCUUCGGGAACGACGUCGACGCCUACUACGACCGGCUGCUCGCCGGAGAGAGCGGCGUGGGCCCCAUCGACCGCUUCGACGCCUCCAAGUUCCCCACGCGCUUCGCCGGCCAGAUCCGCGGCUUCUCCUCCGAGGGGUACAUCGACGGCAAGAACGACCGCCGCCUCGACGACUGCCUCCGCUACUGCAUCGUCAGCGGCAAGAAGGCGCUCGAGGCCGCUGGCCUCCCGCUCGGCUCCGAGGCCAUGGGCAAGAUUGACAAGGCCCGGGCUGGUGUACUUGUGGGCACUGGUAUGGGCGGCCUCCAAGUGUUUUCUGAUGGUGUCCAGAAUCUUAUCGAGAAGGGCUACAGAAAGAUAACUCCUUUCUUCAUCCCGUAUGCAAUAACAAACAUGGGGUCUGCCCUGCUUGGCAUGGAUAUUGGUUUCAUGGGUCCAAACUACUCUAUUUCGACUGCCUGUGCUACUUCGAACUACUGUUUCUACGCUGCAGCAAACCAUAUUCGCAGAGGCGAAGCCGAUAUUAUGGUUGCUGGUGGCACUGAAGCUGCAAUUAUUCCAAUUGGUGUUGGUGGGUUUGUUGCAUGUAGAGCACUCUCACAGAGGAAUGAUGACCCUCAAACUGCAUCUAGGCCUUGGGACAAGGAGCGUGAUGGUUUUGUCAUGGGUGAAGGAGCUGGAGUACUGGUCAUGGAGAGCCUAGAACAUGCUAUGAAACGUGGGGCUCCAAUAGUUGCGGAGUAUUUAGGAGGUGCUGUGAACUGCGAUGCUUACCAUAUGACUGACCCAAGAGCCGAUGGUCUUGGUGUUUCAUCAUGCAUUAGACAAAGUCUUGAAGAUGCUGGUGUGGCCCCAGAGGAGGUGAAUUACAUAAAUGCUCAUGCAACAUCCACUCUUGCUGGUGAUUUGGCAGAGAUGAAUGCCAUCAAGCAAGUGUUUAAGGACCCAUCCGGGAUAAAAGUAAACGCAACCAAGUCCAUGAUAGGGCAUUGCCUUGGCGCCGCAGGUGGAUUGGAAGCAAUUGCUACUAUCAAAGCGAUAAACACUGGAUUGGUGCAUCCAAGCAUAAACCAGUUUAACCGGGAGCCAGCGGUUGAAUUUGACACGGUACCUAAUGUAAAGGCGGAACACGAAGUGAAUGUCGGUAUCUCGAAUUCGUUUGGGUUCGGAGGACACAAUUCGGUGGUAGUAUUUGCCCCAUUCAAGCCUUGAUGCGCUACUUUGCUCCACAAAUCUUUGGCCAGAACAGUGAUGGUUUUGGGGGGAAGCUCGGUGUUAUUUUGAUGGAAGCAAUUACUGAUCGGAUAAUAGCCAUUGCCACUUCACUAUGAACAGAGGAUCUGAGAUCCAUUGCAUUUUUAGAUACAUCCAUCUUCGUUUUAGAUUGAGAGCUCUCUGUAUAACGUCUUGCUGCCAUCUCCAGCCGGUUCUACUUGUUUUCAUGUAAUGCAAAAGGGAGGGAAUUUCUAGAAAUUGUCGUCAUGUAGAGGCAACUACUGGGAUAUUCUAUUGUUCUGUUCCACAGAGAAUGCAUUGGGGCCUAGCCAAGGAGUCUUCUGUCUGUCUGUCUGUACUACUUGAUCUGGUGGAAAUCUAUACCGUGUCGUAUUUUUUUUGUUCUAUAUCCAGGUUCCAGUAUGCUGUUGCCUGGAACCAAAUAAAAACUGUAUUUUUAGGAGAUGGCAAUACAUCUUGAACCAA